CUGCUUUGUAGCUGUGUGUCUGACAGGAUCUCUACUACUUAUGCCACUCUGCUGUGAUGUUAUUGAAGUUGUUUCUGAAUAUGACUCUUACUACGAUUCUACUGCAGCACCAGAUUAUGACUACAAUUCCACAUUUCUUUACAGUUUCUUCAGCAAUGGCAGCAGCGAAGACUGGGAUAUAUUUAUAAGGGAAAAGGAAUCAGAAACUGAGACAGGAGAACUGGAUAUAGAACCUACUGUGUCCAACAAUAAUCAGGCCGGGAAGACAACAUAUCCAAGUUUACUGCUCACUGUGGUACUGACUGUUCAUCAUCUGUUUAGAAUACUAUAGGACACAAUGUUCAUCAAACAGGUCACUAUCACGCACGUACGCAUGGAACCCAAAGAAGACAGACAUGGGGGACAACAAGAGUCUUGGCAAACUGAGGCAAGAAACAAGAGGCAAACUGAGACAAUAUACUCAUA